AAAUGAACGUGAGUUGGUUGGAUAAACAAGCAAGAGAACGAAUGAACAAUUUUUAUUUGAUAUUUCGAGGAAAAAGAACAAUUGAGGAAUUCUUUCAUUAUUUUUUUGAUAAUUUUGGCCUUCAAUGUAAACAAUUCCUUCAACAUUGUCAAUUGGGGGAUACAAAAUUAGAUUGUUGUAAAGUAUUUGAACCAAUAUAUUUAAUUCGAAGAGGUCGUUGUUUUCGAACUAUUUCACUUUAUCAAAAGAAUUUUGACGAAUUAGGGAAAUUAAGAAUUCAAUUAAUGUAUCCACCAGAAAUGGAUAAAAAUUUAAAUAAAAUAAAAGAAAUAAUUGCUUUUGUUGCUGAACAUAAACCUCAAAUAGCUCCUUUUCCUCGUUAUUAUUUGUACCCGAAUGUUUGGACAAAAAUGCGUUUAUCUGCCCGUCGAAUUAGACUUUUUCCUGCUGCUGAAGUUUGUAGUGAUGAAUAUUUAAAUGUAGGUAAAGAUAUUUGUUACAUUGAGCGUUGGAUACAAACAUAUUUGGAAGGCCCAUUAAACUGUACAUAUCCUUAUAUGAAUGAAAUUAGACCAACAAAACUUUCAAGGCUUGAGAAAUUAAUUUUAAAUUUUAAAAUUAUUUUUGUUAAAAUUUAA